UCUCUGCUUAUUAUAUAAAGGCUGCUCUCCCUUGCUCUUUCCUUCAUUCCACUUCGUUCAUUCCGUUCUCUCCAUUCGUUCGUUUGUCCUUUUUUUAGCUUUUUCUUCGUUGCUUUGUUGGUUUCGAAGUCGGAGGCUAAUACCAGAGUGUCAUGGCGGAACGGGUACUGGCUCGUGUUCAUAGCCUUCGGGAGCGCUUGGGCGAAACCCUUGCUGCUCAGCGCAAUGAAUUGCUAAUCCUCUUGUCAAGGAUUGAGGGCCAUGGGAAGGGAAUUAUGCAACCCCAUCAUCUCUUAGAGGAGUUGGAGAAGAUACCAGAAGGAGACAGGCAGAAACUAGUGGAUGGGGUGUUCGGAGAUGUCAUAAGAUCCACACAGGAAGCAAUAGUUUUGCCUCCAUGGGUUGCUCUAGCUGUGCGCCCAAGGCCUGGUGUCUGGGAUUACAUACGUGUGAACAUUAAUGCUCUUGUUGUGGAGGAGUUGACUGAAUCUCAGUAUUUGCAGUUCAAAGAAGAGCUUGUCAAUGGAAGCUCCAAAGAGAACUUUGUGCUUGAGUUGGAUCUUGAGCCCUUCACUGCAUCUUUCCCCAAACCCACUCUGUCCAAGUUCAUUGGAAAUGGUGUGGAGUUCCUCAACAGGCAUCUUUCUGCAAAAAUGUUUCAUGACAAAGAUAGCUUGCACCCACUGCUUGAUUUUCUCAGAGCCCACCAAUACAAGGGCAAGACAAUGAUGCUGAAUGACAGGAUUCAGAACCUUGAUACUCUCCAGUCUGUUCUCAGGAAGGCAGAGGAGUAUCUUUCCACACUUCCUCCAGACACACCAUAUUCAGAAUUUGAUCACAGGUUUCAAGAACUUGGUUUGGAGAAGGGGUGGGGUGAUACUGCUGAGAGAGUGUUGGAGAUGAUUAACCUGCUUCUGGACCUUCUUGAGGCACCUGAUCCAUUUACCUUGGAGAAAUUCCUUGGGAAGAUUCCAAUGGUGUUCAAUGUUGUAAUCCUUUCUCCCCAUGGAUACUUUGCCCAAGCCAACGUUCUGGGCUACCCUGACACUGGUGGCCAGGUUGUGUAUAUUUUGGAUCAAGUUCGUGCUUUGGAGAACGAGAUGCUUCAGCGCAUAAAACAUCAAGGACUUGAUAUAAUCCCUCGAAUUCUUAUUGUGACUCGACUGCUGCCUGAUGCAGUAGGGACUACUUGUGGCCAACGUCUUGAAAAAGUCUUUGGAACAGAGCACUGUCAUAUACUGAGAGUUCCCUUUAGAACUAAGAAAGGAGUUGUCCGCAGAUGGAUCUCACGGUUCGAAGUGUGGCCUUACUUGGAAACAUUCACAGAGGAUGUUGCGAAUGAAAUUAUUGGCGAGUUACAGGCCAAGCCAGACUUUAUCAUUGGAAACUACAGUGAUGGAAAUCUUGUUGCAUCUUUGCUAGCACACAAAUUAGGAGUGACACAGUGCACCAUUGCCCAUGCUCUUGAGAAAACAAAGUAUCCUGACUCUGAUAUAUACUGGAAAGAGUUUGAAGAAAAAUACCACUUCUCCUGCCAGUUCACAGCCGAUUUAUUUGCCAUGAACCAUACAGAUUUUAUCAUCACCAGUACAUUCCAAGAGAUUGCCGGAAGCAAGGACACUGUUGGGCAGUAUGAGAGUCACACUGCCUUUACUCUCCCUGGACUCUACCGGGUUGUCCAUGGUAUUGAUGUUUUCGAUCCUAAGUUCAACAUAGUCUCACCUGGAGCAGAUAUGACAAUCUACUUCCCCUACACGGAGCAGGAGAAGAGACUUACUGCGCUGCACCCAGAAAUUGAGGAUCUGCUCUACAGUAAAGUAGAGAACACAGAACACCUAUGUGUGUUGAAUGAUCGGAACAAGCCAAUCAUAUUCUCUAUGGCAAGAUUGGACCGUGUGAAGAACAUUACAGGAUUGGUCGAGUGGUAUGGUAAGAAUGCUCGGCUGAGAGAGUUGGUUAACCUUGUUGUGGUGGCUGGUGACCGGAGGAAGGAAUCAAAGGACUUGGAGGAGCAAUCUGAGAUGAAGAAGAUGUAUGGGCUCAUUGAGAAAUAUAAUUUGAAUGGUCAGUUCCGAUGGAUUUCUUCUCAGAUGAACCGGGUGCGAAAUGGCGAGCUUUACCGAUACAUUGCGGACACAAAGGGAGCUUUUGUACAGCCUGCAUUUUAUGAGGCUUUUGGCUUAACAGUUGUGGAGUCCAUGACCUGUGGUUUGCCCACCUUUGCAACCUGCCAUGGUGGUCCAGCCGAGAUCAUAGUUCAUGGCAAGUCUGGCUUCCAUAUUGACCCCUACCAUGGUGAUCGGGCAGCUGAGCUCCUUGUCAACUUCUUUGAGAAGAGCAAGGAAGACCCAACAUACUGGGAAAAGAUCUCGCAAGGUGGCCUUCAGCGUAUCCAUGAGAAGUAUACAUGGCAGAUCUACUCUGGGAGGUUGAUGACUUUGGCUGGAGUAUAUGGGUUUUGGAAGUAUGUCUCCAAACUUGAUCGUCGUGAGACCAGGAGAUACCUUGAGAUGUUUUAUGCCCUCAAGUAUCGGAAGCUGGCCGAGAUGGUUCCUCUGGCUGUCGAGGACUAGAUUAAUGGAGAGAGAUUGUAGGAGCAAGUUUGCUGGAGCAAAUUUGCUCAUUGCGUGCUGGAUGUUAGAGAAGCGAUUGCGUGAUUUUGCAGGGGGAGAUUAUUAUCCAUUUUGUUUGCAAAUAACCGUUUGAUCCAUUUUUCCAUACAAAUUGUAGUUUGUGCUUUUUCCCCUGCUGAGUGAAUCCAAGUGUAGAAUGUACCGUUUUCUUGGCAUAAUAAAGCUAAAUUUCCCGUAUUA